AUGGCAGCUCCAUCUUCACGCACGUUUGUCUUUGACUCUGCACGAGAGUUUGAUCGCGACUUUGAGGAAACAUUUUACUCAACAGACGACUCGUAUUCAAAUCUCUCGUCUACUGAUACUUCUUCAGAAUCUCCAUCAUCGUCGUCCGAUUCUGACGAUGAUGCAUCUCAGCACGCCAGCAGAAGCAGCCAGGAUUUCCCCCGCGGAGGUUCUGAUAAUGGCUUUUAUCGCCCACAAGCCUCGGUCCAACCUCCACCGGGCUCGGCUUCUUAUACUCGUGACGAACGUGCAACUGCGUUUUAUAUCAACAACCAGCAACGAUACCAAGCUACUGCAUCUUCUGGUGAUCAUCAGCCUUCACCAUCUCCGUUGAGCCCAAAUUCACCGGGACCACUAACUGCUGCUGCAAACGAGAAUACCUCAGAGGACCCCAACAGUGGUGGUGGUGGUGGUGGCACCCAACGAUUUGUACGUGCCUUUUCUCGUGUAGUGAUUGAAGCUGCACAUAUGCUUUCGCCCACAUCUGACACAAAUGAUGAUAACUUGGGUUCACGACAAAGACGUCAACGGCGUCGCCGCGGAAUAGAGCCACCCGCAUCGCGCUCUGAAGAGCAUCGUGAACGCUUUAGGUUUCUUGCUCGUCGGGCACAACGUGAGCGCACUCAUAAUGAUUCCACUGUUAUUGAAGAAGAAGAAGCGGGUGAUGGGGACGAAAAAUACUUAGAAGUAGAGGGUGGUAAGGAACAGUUUACAGAUGAUGAGGAGGAUGUCAAUGUGGAUGUUGUGCCAGUGGGUCGCAGCUCAAGCGUGAGUCGUGGAAGCACCAGUGAUGCGCGUGUUUUAUUUGAUGACAUGGAGGACGAUGGGAAUGAUGGUGACGACGAGGCCAUAGCUUCAGGUUAUGGCGAUGGAGAUGGAGAUGAUGAGGAGGAUGAGGUUAUAGUUACCAAUGGAGGGUCUGCAGAGCCCCCGAAAAACUCGAUUUUCCGACGAAAGUCAGCUGAAGUGAUGCGUGGGUCCGGAGGAGAAAACAAUAAACCGUAUGGAAUUCCUGGGGAAAAUGCACAUGAGUAUCAGUCAACACAUGCGUUCCCAGUGAUUGAGCAAGAAGUGGUGAAUGAAAAAGUUGUACCAUCUACAGAUGGUGAUGUUGUAAUUGAAGAGCCUGAGCGCGAUUCUAACAGACGGCACCGGCGACAUGCGAAGCAAAAUGGUGGUAGUGAGGGAGGAGCUGGAGGUGAUGGUGGGGCUGAAGAUGAGCAUGGGAAUAGGCGCAAGAAGACCCGGAAGCGGAGAAAGUCACACCGUCGAUACUCUGCAAGUAUGGCUUCAGCAGCAGCAGCUCGACGACGAGCUGGGUGGGAGCCUGGUGUUGAUAUCCGCACGACGGAUGUUAUUUUGCAGAGCAUUGGAUCGUGUGUUACUAUUGUUGAUUAUAAUGGGUCUCGGUACCGAAUUGUUCAGACUGAGGUUCUUCCUGAGCACCAUCCAGAUGGAGAAGAAGAAGAAGAUGGGCAUACUCCUGGCAGUGCUCCGUUGUAUGCUCAAUGGUGGCAGAAUAGUGCGCAGACGACUCCUGGAGUGAAUGGGGCGCCAUCAUCUCGAGUGGAUGAACAAAACAAGGAUUUUUAUGAUCAUCUUGACAAUAGACCUGAGUGGUCAUCUGUUCGUUGGAUUUCAGUGAAUGGAUUAUCUUGGGAAACAAUUUCUGCAAUUUCUCAGCGGUACCAACUGCAUCGUCUUGCGAUUGAAGAUAUGAUUGACAUUCCGCAGCGAACUAAGGUGGACAUGUAUCCAACACACACGUUCUGCGUGCUGCCACUGCAUAAGCUUAUUUCAUACAAGCCAGACGAUUCCUCUGAGCAAGCCAAGCGUUUACGAUGGUUUAGAAAAAGUGCUGAGUCGAAUGGGACAACGACUGGAGGAAAUUCAUCUCGUGUGCGGCCAAUUAGGUCGCGAGUGUCUACGAUGGGCCGGCGAAGAGAUGUGGGAGGGUCUGGGUUUAUUAGCGAUGACGGAGAUAGCGACUCAUCUACGGCGAGCAGCGAUAAGCCAUUGUCAAGUCAGAUUGCUGAGAUGCCUACGAAUACAAUUUAUGACUGGAACAAUCCGUACGUUGCAAGUUUGAAGAAGCCAGUUUACAUUGAAAAGAAGCGGCCGCUGGCGGCAUAUCGACGAGCGGUUGGUGUUGAGCAAGUGUCGUUAUUUUUGACUGAUCAACAAACGGUGAUUUCAUUUUUCGAGCACUCUGCUGUGGAUAUUGAGCGACCGCUACUUGCACGGUUAUCGACCAAGUCUACGAUGCUACGAGAGUCUUGCGACCCGUCUAUGUUGCUGCAGGCCAUUAUAGAUAUUAUUGUUGACCAGGCUCAGCCGAUAAUUACGGCGUACCGGCGGCGGCUGACUGAAUUGGAAAUGGAUGUUAUGGUGAUGCCCAACAUGUCGCAUACUCAGGACUUGCACUUGAUGGCUGCAGAGUUGUCAUUGUUGCGCAACAAUAUUGUGCCAAUUACGUCACUGAUUCAGUCGUUAAGAGACCACACGCAGUCUGGGGUUGUGGGGAAUGGGCCAGUGGCUAUGGAGGGAGGAGUAGACAAUAUUGAAGGAGGAGAUAAUGAAAAGGAGGGUGAGGGGAAGGUGGGGGAUAAUUCUACAGGAACAGCAGCAGUUUUAUUAUCUACAUCUACGGGGUCAUCAUCGUCAACAGUCCAUGAAGAUAAUAAUUCAUAUUUUGGGAACAGUCGGAUUUCGGCAGUGGCCAAGGUUUAUCUUGCGGAUGUUUCUGAUCACUUGUUAUCAUACACACAGGAUCUUGAUUUGAUGAGGAACAAUACGAAGAAUAUGAUUGAUAUGAUUUUCAAUACGAUAUCGAUUCAGAGCAGUGAUGGUGUGAAGCAGUUGUCACUUGUUACGGUAGUCUUUAUGCCUUUAUCGUUUUGGACGGGGUAUUUUGGAAUGAACUUUGAGAACUUUACGCUAUUGGAGGCUGGGACACCUUUGUAUUGGAAGAUUGCUGUGCCAUUUGCAUUUGGGGUAUUGUUGCUGGUGAUGGUUACAUCUGUGCUUGAAUGGUACCGGCACUUGAAGAGGUAUGUGCGUAAGAGUUGGGUGCGACACCAGCGUAAGGUCUCGAAGAGGUUGAUGAAGAGGGCUAAGAAGAAGAUGGAAAUGGCUGUUGUGUGA